UUUUUUUGAGUGUUUGUUGCCGGUGCCUAAAGCCAGAGAACGGCAGCAAAAAAUCACAAGGGCAGCACUUCAGGAGCAUAGGACGACGAUGGGACAGCCGCGCGGCCAUCGGAGCUAGACGCUCGCUGCGCCAGUGCUUUCAUUCCACAGACACAUAACCAUACAAAAGUAGCAAUGGCCACAUUCGGCAGCGACCCCGGCACGCCGCGGCCGCCGCCGCCGGCCGGGAGGAGGCGCAACACCAUGGGCCCCUGGGUCCGCGAGGCCGACGAUGAGGAAGAGGACCCGGAGGGCGGAGGGCGUUUGAGAAGAGUCGCGGGCAAGCGGGGCGUCCUCGUGCGACAGCAGCGGUCCCUCGAGAGCACGUUAGUUGGCGAGUUGGCUCGCGGGGCUAUUGUCGAACUUGCUACUGACGCCGUCGAGGGCGCCGCGCGCGUGAGGAUAUCUGCACCGCUCGAGGGCUGGGUCACGGCCCGCUUGCUCGAGCCUCUCUCAUCACCGGAGGAGCCUAUAAUAGCGCCGCUAUCCCCGCCGACGGAGGUCGACGGCCCAGAGCUUGACGAUGGGCGCGUCACUGAUACAUAUAUAAAACAAUCACUGGAGCACCUCAAGCAGCAGAAACUGCUGAAGCGGGACGUCGUCGUGUCCAUUUUAACCCAAGCCAAGGACUUGCUCGAGAAGGAGGCGACCGUUGUCGACUUAGAAACACCGACCGACGCGCCGCACGUGACCGUGUGUGGGGACGUCCACGGUCAGUUCUACGACCUAUUGACGAUCUUCGAGGCGAACGGAUUACCGAGCCAAACGAACCCGUACAUUUUCAACGGCGACUUCGUCGAUCGGGGGUCUUUUUCCUUCGAGGUGGCGAUCACGUUGUUGGCGUGCAAGGUCCAGCAUCCGAACUGCGUCCACUUGAACCGGGGCAACCACGAAACGCGAACGAUGGCGCGGUUCUACGGCUUCGACGGCGAGGUCCGGCAUAAGUACGAUGACGACGUCCUCGAAAUGUUCCACGCGUGCUUCGUGCGGCUGCCGUUGUGUUGCGUGUUACAUAAGCGGUGUCUGGUCGUCCACGGCGGCCUGCCGUCGGAGGACCAAUCUACUCUCAAAGACAUCCGCAAAAUUGAGCGGCGGUGCGAGCCGCCCGAGCUCGGUCUGUUCUGCGACGUGCUUUGGUCUGAUCCGCAGCCGUUCCCCGGGCGGCAGCCGUCUCGGAGGGGCGUCGGGUUGUCCUUCGGUCCUGAUGUGACGAAGCGGUUCCUGGAGCGGUCCGAUUUGGCGUUGGUAGUUCGUUCCCAUGAAGUGCGGGAUCGGGGCUACGAGGUCGAACACGGUGGACUGUUAAUAACAGUCUUCAGCGCGCCGAACUACUGCGACGCUGUUGGGAAUCAAGGGGCGUUUGUACACCUCUCCCAAGAUCUGGUACCCCGCUUCGCGACGUUCAACGCGGCGCCGCACCCGCCCAUCCGGCCGAUGGCCUACUCGACCUUCGCGGCGCUGGGCUUCGCCUAGUCUGCCCGUCAAUUCGUUUCCUCGACGAGCCCGUCGCGCGAAACGCGCGGCUCGUUAUUUGCGAGCGGUCUUCUAAGUAUACUGUUGUAUCGAA